GCUGGACCGGCACGGGGUCUACGGGCUGCAGCGGAACCUGCUCGUGGAGAACAUUAUCGACAUCUACAAGCAGGAGUCGGCCCGCCCCCUGCACAACAAGGCCGAGCAGCACCUCAUGUGCGAGGAGCACGAGGACGAGCGGAUCAACAUCUACUGCCUGCGCUGCGAGGUGCCCACCUGCUCCCUCUGCAAGGUGUUCGGAGCGCACAAGGACUGCGAGGUGGCCCCACUGCCGGCCGUCUACCAGCGCCAGAAGAGCGAGCUCAGUGACGGCAUCGCCAUGCUGGUGGCGGGGAAUGACCGGAUCCAGGCCAUCAUCACGCAGAUGGAGGAGAUCUGCCACACCAUCGAGGAGAACAGUCGGCGGCAGAAGCAGCACGUGGGGCUGCGGUUCGACGCUCUGUACGGGAUCCUGGAGGAGAGGAAGAAGGAGCUGCUGCAGAGCAUCGCAGCUGAGCAGGAGACCAAGCUGCAACGUGUCCGUGGGCUCAUCCGCCAGUACGGAGACCACCUGGAGGCCUCCUCCAAACUGGUGGAGUCUGCCAUCCAGGCCAUGGAGGAGCCCCAGAUGGCCGUGUACCUGCAGCACUCCAAGGAACUCCUGAAAAAGAUCACGGACAUGUCCAAGGCAUCAAUGAGCAGCCGCCCCGAGCCUGGCUAUGAGAACAUGGAUCACUUCUCCAUCAAUGUGGACUACGUGGCCGAGAUGCUGAGGACCAUCGAGUUCCAGACAGAGCCGCUGGGUGAGGAUGAGGGUGAUGGACCCGGGGAGGGCAGCGAGGCUGCGACGGAGGAGGAUCGGCUGGACAGCCUGGAGGCACCUGAAGCUGCUGAGGCAGUGAGGGCACUGUCACAGCCCAUGGAACAGCUGCAGUGGAACCUGGUGAUCCCCUAA